AUGUCUGAACGCGGGUUGCUUCACUGCUCAAUAUCACCAAUGGAUUCAUCAUUAUUGUGUGAAACUUCAACUGCAGAUCCAAAUUCAGCCUAUGAUGAACUACCAAUGCCAUAUAGAAUGUUAGACAAGAUAUUACAAGAAACACUUGACGAUAUAUGGGCUACAAUCGAGUCGAAGGAACACCAUAAGAAUAAAGCAUUCAGUUUGAAGCAGUCGAAACGACAAGAAUUAGACAAAAGUUUAAAUAGCAUAGAAGGUGUUCAUCUAUAUUGUAUUGUUGGAGAGUAUUUCUUUAAAAUAUAUGAAAAUCAAAUUAGUGUUUACAAUGUUGACAGUUUACAAUUUAUAUCAGAAUGGAUGUAUACAAAUGAAACUAGCGGUUACAGUUCAAUUCGUACAUUUAAAACAAUUGAAUUGAACAAGAAUAUUAUAUUUCAGGUAUUGAUUGAUGAUUCAGGACAGACUACUAUGCUGAUGUUUGUUGAAGGCCUGUUCAUACCUGUUAAGCCAAUCAGUUCAUCAUCAUCGGCGGAAAAUCAACCGUAUCAUGCGCUGAAUGGUAAAAUUUCACCAUGUGGACAAUUCUACGUAUCAUUAAAUGAAGAUUCUAUUAAUUCUAAAGUUUGGUUAGAAGUCUAUCGACUGCCAACUGAUAGUUGGAUGAAAGAACUUUCACCUAUCAUUCAAGAAUUUCAGAAUGCAAGAACAGCCACUCUUGAUGAUGAAGUCGGUCCUAUAAAGGAAAUGACUGUUAAUUUAAAUGAACGUAAAGCUUAUUAUGAAAGUCAUCUACAACUUAGUUCACCUAUACUAACCGGGAGAAUUAGAUAUCCAAAUUUACCGUCAGGUCCAGCAUGCAAAUCGAUAGCAGCUGCACUGAAACAAGUCAAUGAAAAGACUGGUCUUCUUAAUUAUUCAAAUUUCGCUACUCAUUUAUACACUGAUGCAAUUUCUGAAGCAAAUCAGCUAGCGUUUAUUGAGCAUAGAAAGUAUCCAUCGUGUUUGAUAAAUCCACCUAAAGCUCAAGUAGUCGAAACAGAAGAAGAAGGAACUAAUGUGAUUACUACUCAAGGAGCUGUGAAUAGUCUUGAGCUUGCCAAACCGGUAAACGAGCCUCCAACAGAAACUAAUUCACCAGUCCAGACGAAACGUCAACUAAGAAACGCAAAGUCAUCAAAACGGAAAGCGGCUGGUAAAGACAAUUCUGUAACAACAAUACAACAACCCACAGGAGGUGGUACUGGAGGCAGUCGUAAGAAAAAAGGUGAUAAGAAUCAGUCUACAAGUGAAAUAGUUGAACCUGUGGCAAAUAAAGAAAGUGAUAGUAAUAAUAAUAACAUUAAUGAUAAUAAUAAUAAGAAACAUGAAAAUGAACAAGCUAUUGAAACAGUUAUAAAGACGUUGACGUUAGAGGAGACAGAACAAGUCGAUGAAGAUGUCAGCAGAAGUCAACAGUUUGAAGAGAUAAGAAAACAGUUAGUCAAUGAAUUAAAUGAAACAAAGCCUAAAAGUUAUCCUUAUUUCGAAUUCUUACCAGUUAAUUUGAAUACUGACAGUAGAAAUCAGGAAACGUCCUCAUCUUCAAAAAAUGUCGCAUCUUCCAGUUCUAUUUGUGUUUACUGGUCUGGAUCAUGUCAACUAUUCUUCUAUUUUCUGGAUAAAUUCACAAAAGCUGGUGAAGGUGUACCGGAAGAGGUCGCUUAUUUUGGUUCAUGUAUCACACAUAUUUCUAUUAAACCAUUCAUCAUGAAUUCUGUUAACACUGCAGGCAGCAGAGAGCAGUCAUCAAAUAGGUCAAAUUUAAUCAAUUCGGAGAAUUAUUAUCUAUUGGUUGGUCUUCAGUCUGGAAUAGUUGUCAUCAAACAGCUACAGUCAAACCGAUAUUUACCAAUAGUUCAAACAAGUUUGGGACCAAUAGUAGACGUUGGUUCGGAGAGUGACACUAAUUCAAUUACCUUGAUUACUGCCUGCUGUAUGAAGAAAAAAGAAACUAUGCAUUCUGAAAUGGAGGAGAGUUUGAAGGUGUAUAACAAGUACACAUUUGGUAUUUACAAUUUAGAAAAAAGUCAGUUUGACUGGAAAAGAGCUAAUGUUAUGAGACAGAAUAAUUUUCGUUGUCGAGCAAUCACUGCACUGAACACGGAUGACAGCUUCACGAUUAUUGUUUGUCUAAUGUCAACAAAAGAUUUGUUGAUCUUCCCAGUGAACUCUACUCUCCAUGAUAAUCAAGAGGAUAAAGUGAAUCAGUCCUUAAAUGAAUGUAUCAAUGAAAGUCAACCAGUUCAACAGGCAGAUACGAAUUCAAACAGGAGACUUUUACAGAAUACUAUUCAUAUUAGCCUGCCUAAUCCAUAUGAAAUUAACUUGAAUACAGGAACUGUUAGUUUAUUUCCAGAGAUGAAUGAAAAAUGGAUUGAUAAUAUGGAAUUAUUUAAUCAGUUAUGUUUAACUUCGGUACGACGAAUAUCGCUUACGGACAUUUAUGACGAUGGUACCACUGCUCGAGUGAUGAAUGAUGAAGGAGAGAAGGACACACUGAAUGCCUAUCACUUAUGGAUUAGAGGAACGAAGUGGGAUGAAGAUAAAAUUGAGACUAAGCUGUUCCGCACUACUUUGAAGUUUGCACGAAGUGAAUCUUUGGAUCGUCCAUUUGAGAUGAAUAUUGAGGAAGCGAAUGAGGAUGUUUACUGCGAACCAAUACAGAUUCAUUCCAAUAAAUUACUACAAAGCAGAAAUUGCAAUAAAGAUGCAAGAAGACAAAGAUUUCAGAGAAUUUGGGAAAAUUUGACGUCUGAAAGUGUUUACUAA